UUCUUCCGUGUUUGUUUGUUUUCCUUUUCUCUCUCACUGACUGUUCAGUUGUGCGCUAUAAAUAAAAUAUAAAAAACACAGAAAAUAAUACCUUAACCAAUGGAACCCCAAAUCCGCCAUGGCUGCUCUCUUCUGCUCUUCAUCUUCUUCAUCUUCCCCUUCCCUCCCUCCUCCGCCCAAUCCCCCGACGCCGAUGGCUACUCCUGCACCGCCAACCAGACCACCGCCCCAUGCCAGGCCUACGUCUUCUACCGAGCCACCGCCCCCGAUUUUCUCGACUUAGCCACUAUCGCUGACCUCUUCUGGGUCAGCCGCCACGAGAUUUCUCGACCCAGUAACAUCUCCGACUCCAACGCCACCUUCCCCCUCGUCUCCGGCCAGCCCCUCUUCAUCCCCAUCACCUGCUCCUGCAACUCCGUCAACGCCUCUGUCAGCAUCUCGUACGCCAAUCUCUCCUACAAAAUCAACUCCGGCGACAGCUUCUGGCUCGUCUCCACCUCCAAGUUCCAGAAUCUCACCACGUUUCAAUCCGUCGAAGUCGUUAACCCCACUUUAGUCCCCACCAAUCUCUCCAUCGGCGUCGACGUCGUUUUCCCCAUUUUCUGCAAGUGCCCUAACUCCACCCAAUUCAAAAACCGCGUCAAUUUCAUGGUCUCUUACGUAAUCCACCCACAGGACACUCUGUUUUCCAUUGCUUCAAGGUUCGGAGUACCAACAUCGGAAAUCACCGCCGCGAACCGCCCCAAUCCGAAGGCGUUCGACACAAUCUUCAUCCCGGUAAGUCGUCUCCCGAAUUUGACGCAACCCAUUGUUCUUCCACCGCCGCCAGAGCAGCCGCCGGCUCCGGCAAUAGAGGGAAAAAACAGGGCAGUAACAGGGCUGGCGAUUGGGAUGGGGAUUGCGGGGUUUUUACUGAUUUUGAUGGUGGGUUUGUGGGUAUGUGGAGUGGGGAAGCGGCGGAGAAGUGAGAGGGAAAUGAAGGAGGGAAUUGAGAGGCAGAAAUUGCAGGAAGUUGGGAUUUGGAAGGGAAAGGGGAAAGAAAUGGAGAUGGAUUUAAUGGCGGACGUGUCGGAUUGUUUGGAUAAAUACAGAGUGUUUAAGAUCGAGGAGCUGAAUGAAGCAACAAAUGGGUUUCAUGAGAGGAGCUUGAUUCAGGGAUCGGUUUACAAAGGGAGUAUCAAUGGAGUUGAGUUUGCUAUCAAGAAGAUGAAGUGGAACGCCUAUGAACAGCUCAAGAUCUUGCAGAAGGUGAACCAUGGUAAUCUAGUGAAGCUUGAAGGCUUUUGCGUAGACCCUGAUGAUACAACCUGCUACUUAAUUUAUGAAUAUGUAGAGAACGGUUCUCUACAUUCAUGGCUACAUGGAAGCCAAAAGCGAAAGUUGAAUUGGAGAAGGAGAUUGAGGAUUGCGAUUGAUGUUGCUAAUGGACUACUCUAUGUUCACGAGCACACGAGGCCACGAGUUGUCCACAAAGACAUCAAAAGUAGCAACAUUUUGUUGGAUGCAAGCAUGAGGGCUAAGAUAGCCAACUUUGGACUUGCGAAGUCAGGAUGCAAUGCUAUAACCAUGCACAUUGUUGGAACUCAAGGCUAUAUAGCACCUGAAUACAUAGCGGAUGGAGUCGUGUCGACAAAGAUGGACAUCUUUGCGUUUGGAGUUGUUUUGCUUGAGCUCGUCUCUGGUAAGGAGGCCAUUGACGAGGAAGGAAGGGUUCUAUGGAUGCGAGCGAGUGGGUUUUCGGAAGGGAAAGAGAAGGAGAAGUUAGACCGGUUGAAGAAUUGGAUUGAUGAAGCUCUUUUCGAGCAAUCGUGCCCGAUGGAGAGCGUGAUGGAUGUAAUGAAUGUGGCUGUUAGUUGCUUGCAAAAGGACCCGACGAAGAGGCCGAGCAUGGUGGAGGUGGUUUAUGCACUGAGCAAGAGCGACGACGCCGUGUUCGACUUCUCUGAUGAUACUCUAUCAGCACCUAUCUUAACAGCUAGGUAGCCAACUAGUCACUCGAGUUUCUAAAAAGCUUCAUGUUUAUAAUUUUCAUAUCAAGCCCUU